UUUCAAUUCCAAUAAUAACAAUAAUCAUUUCACACUGAAUUCCCACAACGGUUCCAUCUAUCUAUCUUCAUAAAACCAUCAAAUCAAAUCAUCAUAUUCACAUUUUCCUUACCUUACUCUGUCUGCAAUAAUGGAAACUACUGUUACAUUUACAACUACUUCUGCUUCUGCUGCUACUAUCACUGAUGCUGCUAAGGUUCAAAGAGUUACCAAGAAAUCUUCUGAUGAGUUACUUAGGAAGUUUGCUGAAGUUGGUACCGACGACAAGAAAGAGUUACGUCUUAUCAAACGCCGUAAGAAGAAGAUUAAGGAAAAUCAAUCCGAGAGCAUUUCAAAUGGCGCCACCGCCGUGGUGGAAAGGAGGUCGCUUUUGCCGGCUACUGUCAGCCGGAAGUCUGCUUUGCUUAGGCAGCUCAGAGUUAGAGAUAACAGAAACAAGUCAUCACUCUUUGGAACAAUUCACAAGACAUGGCGUAGAACUGUAGAAGGUGCUUCUAGAGUUUUCAUGGAAAAGCAUUAUCAUAGUCAUAAGCGUUUGAUUAAUGAUAUUGUUUAGGUUCUUCUGAUAUGAUAUCAGUGCUUGAAUAAUUUACAAGUUAUGUUAUGCAAAUUCAUCAUUAGAUGAAAGAAAGGCUCACUCACAUUAUGUAUAUUGCAGUACUAUUAGUUUAAUUCAAUUAUUAUCAUUAUGUUCCCUUUUUUCA